AACAGUGGCCCCACAGUCAGUCAGUCCCUCUCAUCGAUCCUCUCUCUCUCCAAUUUCUCACGUCUUCUGUGUGUUUCUCAGUGGUUUAGAAGCAAAAACCAGAAGCAAAAACCAGUGAUGAGAAUGAAAGAAGACAUUUACAGAUUGCUGGCCAAGGAGAGAGGCUUUCGCUCUAUUGCAGCAUGGAAGCUAAUCCAAUUGGAUAACAAGUGUGGGUUGUUUCGCAGCGACACUGCUUGCGCUGUUCUCGAUCUUUGUGCUGCUCCCGGUGGUUGGACGCAGGUGGUGCUGGAGCGGGUGGGGCAUGGUAGCCUUGUGGUAGGUGUGGAUUUGGUUUGUGUUAUCCCAAUCCGAGGCGCCACUUUUGUUGAGCAAGACAUCACCAAAUUAGCCGAAUGCAAAUCGAGCAUCAAAGCGGUGAUGAACGAGCACAAUUGCUCUGCAUUUGAUUUAGUUCUGCACGAUGGCUCCCGCGCUGCCACCCCCAAUGUGGGAGCCGCCUCUCGCAAUGCUUUGGUGAUUGAUGCGCUUAAGUUGGCUACUCAUCUACUUGCUCCUAAUGCUACAUUUGUUACCAAGGUUUAUCGUUGCCAAGAUUACUACUCUGUCAAGUAUUGUCUUCAACAGUUGUUUGAGAGAGUUGAGGUGUACAAACCAAGAGCUAGUCGUUCUUCCUCUGCCGAGGUUUAUGUUGUGGCUUUCAACUAUAAGGCUGGUGCUGCUGGUGCUGCCAAGAAUGAUCCUGACACACCUGAUGUGGGGCGUCUAUUUCAAGAAGCCAUACAUACAACCCCAAAGAAAGAAGAAAAGUCUUGUCAAAAAUGUGGUGCAUGAUCUAGGGCAAGGGCAUGGCAAAAAGGAAGCUCAGAAAAGGGCCAAAGGAUUUCAAUUUUAAUAAUUUAAGACAAGUCAUGGUUUGGUUGAACUUUUAUGGUUUUGUG